AUGUACAGCCCACAAAUAGCCAGAACCCCGGAACGUCGUCAAAAAUUUGAGGACUCUCGUGUCAUUCAGCAAGCUGCGUACAGCCUCUACGAGGCUAUGAGGACGGCCUGUAUUGCACAUACUGUCCAUAAUGUGCAGAUAUCACUUCAGCCAGCCCUUGACGGAACGACAACCCGAGUUCGAUUCAAUUUCGCUUUUAUUAAACACCCUAAAGCACCUGGAAACACGGUCUGGAUAGACGUGGACUCAACCAUCAAAUCCCGUGGGAGCUAUUCCGAGCUGGAUACCACAUCAUGCUCUGACGGAAAGCUGUCUCUCAAGAGACACCGAGAGGUUGGAGGAGGUAAAUGCUCAUCGGCGAUACGAAAGCGUGUGCAUUUUAAGGAUCUACCCGCGCCAAAACAGGUAUUUUGCUCAAAAGCAGAAGUCGUUGAAAUUCCAAAUCUCCAUAUCCAACGCAAUUUCUGCAGGGUGGUCGAAAGAGUCUUAGACCAUCAAGAAAGGAAUAGCUGCAUUGGCCUACUUGGAGACAACGAAACAUGCAACCAUCUGGCAUAUUUAGCCAGCCGGGCCAGCAUCAUGCAAACAGCGACCUCGCUGUCUGAUGUCAUCUCAAGAUCCGACAUCACGCAGGAAAAGUGUCCGUCUGGCCAAACAUCUCGCUACUGCUGUUCUUUACUACCAUUCCACACCCUGGCUCGAUAUAGCAUGGCGCAGCGAAGAUGUUCAGCUUUUUAA